AUGGAAAAGUUGGCAUCUGGAAAAAUAACAUCCAUGUCACAAAGAGAGCUAGAAGAGAGCCCCGUUCGUGACACCAGCAUGGGCCAAUGCGUUAGCUCGGAAGCCACUUUGGCCAUGAGCAGCGGGAAUCGUCUGUAUCCAUUGACGUAUUUUCCGAACCAAUUGACGAAUCCGGAGAGCAGCAGCACUGUCGGGUCGCCGCGGUCUCUGUUUGCCACGUCGUCGUCGCCGUUGUUGUACGACACCGGAACACUGUCCCGCCCUGGCAGCACGUCCACUGUCCCCGGGAAUCGCACCGCUGUUCUACUGGGCUCGUGGCGGACGUCGACACUGUCGACACCUCGGCUGACGAGCCCCGUUCGUGACACCAGCAUGGGCCAAUGCGUUAGCUCGGAAGCCACUUUGGCCAUGAGCAGCGGAGAAACGAUGUCAAAUGGUGGAGUUCCGGGAAACGACCGACGACCUCACUUGUCUGGAUCGAAAUCCUUGCCUCGAAUAGUCAAAGCUCGUAACGCUGGAUUCAAAGCUGACGGAAAGGUGUCGCCCGUGAAAUCACACCAGGAUAUUUUGGGUGAACCGGCCCAAAUAAUUGAAGCUGGUGGUGAAAAGGUGGCCCUUCGAAAGCAACCCACAUCUCGGGCGUCUUCAAGACCUCCGCCAGUAGUUGUCUACGGUCAUGGGAAUGGAUCAGAACCUGAAUUCCUGACAAAUUCCGUCAGCUACCUUCCGGGAGGUGGAAAUACUGGCAUGAGCAGAAGUGGGUCCCCGAGCAGCAGUGCGUGUUCAAAGCGAGACAGUCACGAUGCCCCGGACUACGACACACCACCGCCUCCAGUGCUCACCACUGCUGUCAACAAGACUCGUUGGACACACCGAUCCUCUGGCAGUGAUUCCGGAAUGAACUCAGCAGAAUCCAUGACUUCUGGAGAGUCAGAAUCACACAGCGCAAAGGACAGCAUAGCAAGAGGUGAUUCCAGCAUUUUAUCAGCAUUCGAUGUGGAACAUUUCCAGUCACUUCAUGUGCCUUCUGGUGGGAAGAUGAAAUUGCUGGACGCGGAAGCCUACGUAUCCAUCAAGAAGACGUUGUUCGAUCGUCCAGCAAAGGUCUUUGCGUCCCGAAUCACGGCGAUUGAUAUAGAUUUGCUCAAGAUUGUAAACGACUCUGACUUGGGCCUCGGGAUCACUUCCGGCAUCGAAUUAAUCACCAUUCCCGAAGGAAAGCAGAUGCGCAAUGAUGUGAUAGAAAGGGUUAAUUGCUUGAGCUGUUUCGUCGCUGCGACGAUCGUGCAAGGUGACGAUGACAAGGAGCGAUCAGAGUUGAUACACACGUGGAUUCAAAUUGCUGAUGAAUUGCGAACUGCGCAAGGAAACCUCUUGGGGUUUGCUGCUGUGAUGCUUGGCAUUGAUUCUUCUCCAGUUCAAAGGUUGUCGUCGACAUGGUACAAAGUCCGGCAGACCCACACGGACAGUGCCCACAAGUUCGAGGCCCGAUUACGAGCCAUUUUCAAGUCCAUGAACGACUCCCGUGCCCCGCCAUCGACGCCCAACACUUCCGUGCCUUACGUGCUGCCCUUGUGCUACCUUUUGGAGACCUGCAGCGAACAGGACGUGUCCGACUCUGACUCCUCUUCAUCCUUCUAUUCGGGUUCUUGUGCCCGAGAAAAGAGCCUGGCUUUGCUCGUGGCCCAAGUUGAAGAAGGAAUGCGGUUGUGCCAAUCCGCGUCUCUGUUUAACGCGUGUGCAUCCCGACUGUUGAUCAACGGCGGACUUAUUGGAGAUGAUCCCAUGGCGAAUGACGUGUUGAGAACGGAGUUUCAUCUCCAGUAUUUGUUUGGGGUAGAUGGCGCCACUGCGGAACGCGGGGAACGGUUUACCAAGUUGAGGAAACUGCUGGACAUGUUGUCCAGGCAAUGCGAACGAGGGGACCACGAUUACACUUGAGACAUUUUCGCAUUAUUUACAUGAUGAGUGUAGUUUCUUACCGUUCUUUUCAUCAUGCCGACAAUACGCGACCUUCGUCAGACAAUAUGGAGGUGUUCUCGUCGUUGAUAAAAGAAGAAAAAAAAUCUUGCUCCCGAAGGAAAUCCCUGAAUAGUGUUCUUCAUCGUUCAGCUUUGAUGAUGAUGAUGAGAGAGAGAGAUAAUUUCUCCUCAUUCUGAAUUGAUUCUGUUUUUUUUUUUUUUUACACAAUGCGGAAUGAAAAUGAAGGUAUAUAUCUUUACUGUUCAAUUUAUCCAACGCAUUCCUGAAAAAAAGGAAAAAAUUAAUCGAUUUUCCAGGCUGAAAUAUAAAGGAGGAAAAGAAAGCGUGCAACGAGUACAGUUUUCCUUGUGAGAUUUGAAGGGCAUCACUUUGAAAAAUGACGCAAAAAGGGAGAUGCUGCUGGUGUGACGAUGGUGUGACGCAAAUGUUUCAAAAAGUGCGUUGUUUUCGCGGUUUGUGUGGAGACAAGCCAUGUGAAAUAUUUUUUUUUUUUUGCUUUUCCGUUAUUUUUUCUUUCUUUUUUUUGACACGUUAUAUAUCAGCAUAAUUCGAAAAGAUGGUGUUGACGAAGCUUGAAUGAAUGUGUUCCGUGCUGCAGAUAUCUGGAGUGGUUGCUGCUGCUGAUUUCGUGUCGACUGUUUUAUUUUUUUUUCGUUUUUUUUUGCUGCAACAUUUUUAUUUUCUAGUCAGAUUUGUCGACAGCUUCUGGUUGUUGUAAGAGGAAGCGACGUUUUUGCUUUCAAGUUUAAAGAAGAAAAAAAAAACUUGCGGGUUCAAAAGGAGAA